GGAAAAUAUUAUGCCAUGAAAAUGUUGGAAAAAGAAAAAAUUGUAAAGUUAAAGCAAAUUGAACACAGUUACUAUGAAAAGAAAAUUCUAUGCGGUCUCAAUUUCACGUUUUGUGUUUAUAUGAAAUACUUUUUCAAAGAUAAUGUAUACCUUUAUUUUGUUCUCCCGUACAUAGCUGGAGGAGAAAUGUUUACGCACUUGCGUAAACUCGGAAAGUUUGAAGAAACGUCCUCAAAAUUUUAUGGCGCUCAAGUGAUCCUGGCGCUCGAAUAUUUGCAUGCCUGUGAACUGGUUUAUCGAGAUUUAAAGCCGGAAAAUAUUUUAAUCGAACGAAGUGGGUACAUAAAAAUAACUGAUUUCGGUUUUUGUAAAUUGAUCCGUGGCAGAACCUGGACACUUUGUGGAACUCCAGAAUACUUAGCCCCAGAAAUUAUAUUAAGUAAGGGUUACGGCAUGUCAGUUGAUUGGUGGUCUCUUGGAAUUCUUUUGUUUGAAAUGAGCGCUGGUCAUCCACCAUUUUAUGCAUCCGAUCCUAUGAGAAUUUAUGAAAAAAUUGUUGCCGGGAAAUACAGGUGUCCAAAUCACUUUUCAUUGGAUUUAAAGGAUUUGAUAUCGCGUAUACUCCAGAUUGAUAUUACAAGACGUUUAGGGAAUCUUAAGAGCGGUGCAUUAGAUUUUAAAAACCACAAAUGGUUUCGCGAAAUCGACUGGGAUGGUCUUUUAAACAGUCGCUUUCCAGCACCUUUCAUACCAAAAAUUCGAUCUCCGGGUGACUCAUCCUAUUUUGAAAGCUACGAUGAAGAAAAAAUUAAAGAGAGUCCAAUUUGUUUAUAUGAAGAAGAAUUUGCUGACUUCUAACUGUUAACGAAAUACGUUUUUUCCUUGUUUUUUAAUGUACCGUGAAUAAGAACAUCACAUUAAGUUUAAGCUGGAAUGUCGGGUUAAUUUCAAUUUAGGUUUUGACUUACAUUAUAUGAUACAUCUUUUAUUGUUGCUAUUUAAGUAAAAUAC